CACGGUCCAGUGGCGUGGCUGACUGCAGGCUAUAACAUCUGCUCUCUAACAGAAACGGAUCAUUUCGCAGGAAAUCAACGGCCAAAGGAACACGUUAAGCCAAAAGAGGAAGCAUGUUGGUAAAAGUGUGGUUUGGCCUUUCGGUCACGCUCCUGAUGGGGCUUAUCUGGGUGGCGGGCCAGGGUCCAACUGAUCCACUGGAAGUACAGAUACAGGCGACACAAGUCCGUAACUAUCAGCUUGUCAUCGAGCAACAGAGACGUCUAUCUGGCUGGCGCCAAUAUUACGUCAAUCGGCUGCCUUACCAAUUCCUGAUACCAAUCUACUUUUUGGUGCUGUUGCUAUUCAGGACGUCCACGACGACUAAUACCGAGGAGGUCUGCCCCAGCCUGCCUACGGCUACUACACUCGGCGUGUUUUGCUGUGGUUCAUUCACUUCGCAAGCUACUUGCCAGGCAGUGCCACAGAACACACAAUGCACGUGGGAUACAGGCACAUGCAAAUACGAAUGUACAACUUUCUCAGACGCAGCUACAUGUACGGGAGUCGGUUGUACCUGGACGCCUCUUGGAACGACAGGAAUUUGCUCAUAAGAACACAAUAAAUCAUACUUUGAUGGCGGCUAAUCAAGAAGUAUAUAUAUCUUUUUCAAUGCAUGAAGCCUUCCGAAACAUAAAAAAGUACGUGAAAUCGAAUAUUUCUUUUUUAGGUCUAAAUUUUUGUUAAAUUUACUUGUAUUUCAAGUUGAUGAACAUAAAAAAACAAACAAAUGAUAUUUCCACAACGAUCCAUGGAUGAUUUGAUUAUACCUGGUGAUAAAUACAAAGACCAUAUAACAGUUUAAGAGUAGCACUGUAUCCCUAUUUCUACGACGGGAAAUUAAUGAAAUUUUACAACUCAAAAACUAAAAAGUAUGUCAUUAUCACUAGAAAUAUCACUGCCACAGAGAGAUCAACCUCGAAAUGCCAGUGGUUGAGGUCACUUACGUUAUCCGCCCCUGCAAUCUGGCAUGACAAAAUGGAAGGCUCUGUACCUUGUGGACGAGACAAUAAGACUAGAUGGAUCCUUCGAUGUACACCAACAGAAUUGCGCGGUAGCGGUAUAGAGCUACUUACUAGUUUAAAAGUCGGUUGUCGCUCCUUUGAAAUCUUAAAAGGACAGCCUAGCGAUUAUACAAGUUAUCUUUACCUGAAAUCACUGAAAUAGCUUACCGUGUGGUUUCAAUUUUUUCAUAAAAAGCUAGUAUUCCAAGAGUGCAAAGAACGUAAGUUAGCCAAACUCUUGGAAUUUCAGAGGAUGCGGGAGAUGUGAUGUUAUGCAUGAUAUUAAACACAUACGUAUAAACAUUA